AACAAAAAUCAUGGUAGGGGAGAAAAGUCAACGUCUCUUAUUACAGUAGAAUGUCCGAAAAACGCCGAAUUACGUGAAUGCACGAACUUAUGCCCCGAGAAGACAUGCGAUAACUACCUUCAGAGGUCACCGUGCUUUUCACUGAGAUGUGGCCCUCCAGGAUGCAUGUGCAAGGAAGGCCACGUGCUACUGUCCUCUAACAAAGAAGAGGGUUGUGUUUCUAGGGAAACAUGCGUGUGA